AUGUCCGCUGCUAGCUUCGACGCCAAGCCAGCAGCAGGCUUCAGUGAUGUGAGCCUGCGCGAAAAGCGCAAGGUCGAUCCCAACGUGCUCGCUGCCGUCCAGCGUGCUUCGCCGCCGAAGCCAGCUUUCCUGCUGCCAUUCCUGCGCUUGCUGCUCUUCCAGCUCUACUUUUUGCCAACGUCGUUCAUCACUAUCCCGUGGUACAUGUUGCGCUCUAUCAUCCCUCACUUUCGUCUGAACCGUAACUGGAGCUACAUCACCGCGGUCUACAUCCUUGUCGUUCGACGUGUGAUGCGCAACCUGAUCCGCUUCCGAGUUCAGCCCAUCGUCCCACGCAAGGGUGGCUUGCGCGAUCGCAACACCUUGAUCGCAACCGUGGUUUCAUGCUUCAACCUCUCUGGCCCCGGUGGCUCCGUCGUGCUAGCCAAGGAGAACAUCAAGGCGCUCAAGCUCAACGCAACUCAUGGCCGACCCGACAAGGUCUGGAUCCCACCUGCCGGUCCCGAGUGCCUCGACGGUAUCCUUGCCGUCAAAACAAGCCCCAACGAUCGACGUGAGAUUGUGACGGAUGUCUACACCGGUCCUCCUCUGCUCGAUGCCAAGUGGCUCAAAUGGAGCAUUCGCGCACUCUGGUUCACGCACAAACCGCACCUGGUCCCGCCUCAACCUCGCUCGAUUUCCAAGCCGACUGGACCGGUUGUGUGCUACUUCCAUGGUGGUGCCGGUGUCACAUUCAAUGCAGGCGAUAUCCACAUGGGCCAGAACUUGGCCAAGACGUUUGCGCGCUCGGCCGGCAUCGACAUUUUCUCGGUGGACUACAACCUUGCACCCUUCGCAGCUUCGCCAGUGCAGCUGUAUCAAGGUGUCUCGGCCUACCUGUACUUGGUCAAUCAGCUCGGCUACUCUCCAGAGCAGAUCUACAUUGGUGGCGACAGUCACGGCUCUUGGCUGACUCUGCAGCUGGAACGAUACCUGCGCUCUUUCAAGCAUUUGCUUUUCAAUGACCUGGACUCGUUCAAGAUUCCAGGACUGAUCCUGCUCUCGCCAUGGAUUGCUCCCGAAGACGUGUCGUUCAAGAGUCGAGAGAAGAAUGUGGGUCAGGACAUUAUUGCUUUGUCGUACGAAGAAUGGGGCGUUGCUGCACAGGGCUUGCGCAAGCUGCCCUACCCACUCUCGGACCCUUGGAACACACACUCGAACAAGUCGAUCGCUGAGAUGGCUGCGAUGCCUCCAUGCUUCAUCGCGAACGGAGGAUGCGAGACGCUGCUGGAUGAAGGUCAACACUUUGCCAACCUGUUGCGCAAAGCCAAGAACCUGCCUACAUCCACCUCUAACCAGAGAAUCGUUCUGAGCCCAGGCGAGCUCAAUUGCAAAGUGGUUCACCAUGUCUACCCUCAUGAGGUGCAUGACUACUUUUCGGUCGACACCGAGAUCUCCAAAGCAGCCAAGACGUACAAACAGAUCGGUACUUGGAUCAAGUUUACUCAGACUCUUCUCUGA